CCCUCUCCCCCUCUGCACGCUCUCAUCUCCUCCUGCAGGAAUACAGUCUCUUCCUACGCCGCUGCAGCCCGGCAUGUCUGCAAACUGAGAGGCAGAGAGAGCCACGGAGAAAGGUGCACACCAUCCCUCUACAACACGAACCACUUCCGUUCUCCUCUGCCCUUCGCCGAGCGGGGAACCAUACGUAGUUAAAACGCCGCAACGAGGUUCCACUGAAGGCAGGAACCCAGUGGAGGAGCAUCAAGAGAAGGUCUGUUCCUGAUUGCGUGACCACUAAAAGAAGAGAGCCCAGAACUGCUUCAUCAUGAAUUUUGUAAUGAAAGCUGCAAUGGGAGGUGGACCUCCUGAUGUCGGCAAAAUGCUGGGAGGGGAGGAAAAGGAGGAGGAUCCUGAUGCAGCAAAGAAAGAGGAGGAGCGACAGGAGGCACUGAGGCAGCAGGAGGAGGAGAGGAAGGGCAAAUAUGCCAAGAUGGAGGCAGAGAGGGAACAAAUGAGACAAGGCAUCAGGGACAAGUACGGCCUGAAAAAACGCGAGGAGGCCGAAGCUGAGGCAGCCGCCGCCGCAGAAGAGCCCGCAGCGGGCAGCCUGACCCGGCCUAAAAAGGCUGUGCCUACUGGCUGUGGUGACGAGGAAGAGGAGGAAAGCAUCAUGGACACAGUGAUGAAAUAUCUGCCAGGCCCUCUGCAGGAUAUGCUAAAGAAGUAGGCUGUCAGGAUGACUGAGGCUAACAUUACCUUGUUUAGUUCAUAGGCUACAUUCAUAAGGUUGGCUUUAGUCAGGGUUUCUUUUCCAUCUACUUUGAGGAGUUUGAAAAAAAAAAUCAAAAACUAUGGUGUGGUGCUUUUUUUGGGUAUGAGAUAAAAUUCAAAGUUUCAUGCCGGGGACAUGAAUCAGAUAUAAAGCAGCCAUGUGAAUCGCAGCUAUUAAACUAAGCCAUGCAGAGUCAACGGCCAGGCUAAUGUUAUGGUGAGCGGUGUUCAUGUUAGCUACAGCACGAUCCACCUAGAUACACUAAGAACAAGCAGUUGGGUGAACGACAGAAAAUCAUGGUUCGGCCGUCCGGUCUGAGAAAUAUUCCUCUCCUCCCUCCCUGCUCCCCUGCUGUAGCUGAAGAGCAUUCUCUGAAAUAUAAUCACCUUAACGACUCAAUGUGUACAUAGACCACAAAGGAAUACACCAGGCCUCAAUGUGGGCAAACAAUCAUAAAAUAAAUGAAAUAUUAUAUUAACUGUGUGUCUGUCUCUAAAGUAUCAAAUUAUCUAAUAACUCGAUAAGCCAUAUUUUAGAAAGGAAAUUUACCGACUCCUGUUGUGUGCUUCUAACUCAACUGUCUUGUGUCACAAUUGUACGUAAAACCAAAUUGCACACAGUGUCAUACCCGUCGUUCUCUGUGGAAUCUGUCGCCCUACGGUGCCCUGACAUAAAGUUAUAUUAACGGUCACGUAGAAUAGUGUUUAAAAUGUCCCCAUCCCUCGUCUGCCCUCCUCGUCUUGCAUGCCAUUUGUCUGGUUUGUUGUGUGACUAUGUAAAAACCCACAGCCUUUCCCUUUUUAUCCUUCUAUUUAUCAUGAAAAAAAAUCAAGGCAAUAAAACUUAACUUUAAAUGUGUUUUCACUCUUAUUAGAGGUUUGAACUUACAUGUAUGCAUUUAGGAAUAUGAAUGUACAGAUUUGCAGGGUUUCCUUUCCUUUGUUUUACUAUGACAACACAUCAAUAAACAAGGAGCUUACAAUAUGUACUAUAAAAAUCAGGAGACUCUCACUAACCAUAAGGGAAACAGUGUGUGUGUAAGUUAUUUUGAAUGUUAUAAUUGGAAUCAUUAAAAAAAAAAAAAAAAGCCGAGUACAAAUCUGAUUGGAUAUAAGGAGAAAGACACUGCUCUACUGGAGACACGUGAACACGCACAUGCACAUCCAGCGUGACGUGAAUAGUGUUUGGCGACUGUUUUUAGUCACGCAGCAAAAACUGAACAGUGUUUUGAUCAGGUGACACCGCAGGUGAAAACUGAAUGACAUGAGCAAUAAAGGUUUAUCAAAUAUUUCUGCUUGAGAUUCAAUAAAAACCUCAUUCAC